AUGGCGCCAAAAGCUACUGAAUCAGUUAAUACAUUCCUCAACAGACUUAACUCGUGCGCUCGCGGCGGCAAACCUGUGGGAAACGCAGUCCCGAUCCCAAGCCCAGAGCCCUGUCACCCAGACGCCGAAAGGAAGCGAGUGUUGGCGGUGUCGCGCGGGCGACCGGCGGCAACUUUUCCGCCUCGGAAGGUGCUCGGCCCGGGAGCCGGGGCCACCGCGGGACAGGGCAAGUUGCCGCGGGCCGGCCGGCCGGGCCGCCAACCCCCGAGCGCAGACCCGGAGCCCCGCACGCCCGCCCCGCCCCGCCCCCGAGCGGCUCGGGCUCCAGCGCCCGGCGCGGCAGGUGUCUGGGACGCCGCGGCCGCCGGCGCAAAGUUGGCGCGCGGCCGGGCUGCCCCCGCGCGGUACCUACCCCAGCAGCCGCCGUCGCUCCUCGGUCCGCCGGCGCGCCCGCCUCCGAGCCCGGGAAAGCGAAAGAGAAACAGCGCCCGCCGCGGCCUGUCUGGUCCCCGCGCCCUGUCCGCCCUCCCCCAGCAGGCGGGAGCGCGCGGGCUCCACGGGGCCACUCGGCUCUGGCGCGAUAGGGCGCGGCGGGCCUCGGGGCCAAGCCGGUGCCGCCUCCAAGGGCAGCUCCACCCACCUCCAACCGCCAGAGCCGCCCGCCCCGCCGGCCACGCCCCCUCGCCGGCCACGCCCCUCCCCGUGGACCCCGCCCCUCCUCGCCGGCCACGCCCACAGCCCUCGCCGGCGGGCUCGUGCUCCUCCGAGGCGCCAGGGCCACCCUGCGUUCCCCGCCCCCCACCCCUGUCGCUCCUGUGUGACACGUAG